CGAGAUUCUUGGUUUAGUGUCAUCACAAUGGGGUUCCUCGUGCAAUUUGUUGUUUUUAUGUUAUUCCCUUGGUUUCUGAGUGUGAGAGCUGAGGAAAAUUACUCAUCACAGCAUUGUGAUUUCCCAGCCAUAUUCAACUUUGGUGACUCCAAUUCGGAUACUGGUUGCAUGGCUGCAGCAUUUUACCCUGAGGUUUUGCCAUAUGGUGAAACUUUCUUCCAUGAGCCAGUUGGUAGAGCUUCUGAUGGUCGCCUUAUCAUAGAUUUCAUUGCCCAGCAUCUAGGUUUCCCAUUCUUGAGUGCAUACAUAAAUUCAAUUGGGACAAGUUAUAGGCACGGUGCAAACUUUGCUGCAGGAUCAUCAACCAUUAGGCGCCAAAAAAGGACAGUCUUUGAGGGUGGCACUCCUUUCACUUUUGAAAUACAGGUUGCUCAGUUCAACCAGUUUAAGGCACGCACCAGAAAGUUCUUCAACCAAGAUGCACAAGGGAAAAACUCCUUCAAAGGACACUUUCCUAGGCCAGAGGACUUUGCCAAGGCUAUCUACACAUUUGAUAUUGGACAAAAUGAUAUUGCUGCUGCUAUUAACAAAGUGGACACAGAAGAUUCUCACGCAGUGAUCUCAGACAUUGUGGAUUAUUUUGAAAACCAAGUUCAAACUUUACUUGGACUAGGAGCAAGGACAUUUUGGAUACAUAACACAGGCCCCAUUGGUUGCUUGCCAGUGGCCAUGCCCGUGCACAAUGCCAUGAACACUACUCCAGGGGCAGGUUACCUUGAUCAAAACGGCUGUAUAAAUUAUCAAAACGACAUGGCAAGAGAGUUUAAUAAAAAGCUCAAGAAUACCGUGGUUAAACUAAGGGUACAGUUCCCAGAUGCCUCAUUAAUUUAUGUGGACAUGUUCUCAGCUAAGUAUGAGCUAAUCAGUAAUGCUAAUAAAGAAGGAUUUGUGGACCCUUCUGGAAUCUGUUGUGGGUAUCAUCAGGAUGGUUACCACUUGUACUGUGGGAACAAAGCAAUAAUUAAUGGUAAAGAAAUUUUCGCAGAUACUUGUGAUGAUCCUUCCAAGUACAUUAGUUGGGAUGGAGUGCACUACACAGAAGCUGCAAAUCACUGGAUUGCAAAUCGAAUACUUAAUGGUUCCUUUUCAGAUCCACCACUUUCCAUUGCACACUCGUGCCGUGCCCAAUAACUCUCACUAUUACUGUUCAAUUACCACCUUUACAAAAUCUAAUGCUUGGUGUUUGCUUAAUCAUAAAUAAUUUAACUCUUUUGCAUUUGGCUUUUACCUUGGACCAAUUGAGUCACUUUCGCCCAAGAUUUGUUAUUGUGUUCACUAUUUAAUGAGAAAAAAAAUAUAUUAAAUAUAAGUUCAGAACACUUUUGUUCUUUUUACC